AUGAUGCGUGAUUCCCAAAGUGCAACUAAUUAUUUUGGUUUAGAUGAAAUCAAGAUCUAUGAUCAACCUUGUGAUUCUGGCAUCACGACAACUACCACUGAGCCACCGAUUAUCGAAUCAACAACAACUACCACUGAAACGCCGACUACAGAAUCAACAACAACCACUACUGAGACACCCACUACCGAAUCAACAACAACUACUACUAAAACAUCAACUACCGAGUCAACAACAACUACUACUGAAAUACCGACUACAAAAUCAACAACAGCUACCAGUGAAAAAUCAACUACCGAAUCAAUGACAACUACCACUCCAUUACCUGGAACCACUACCUUUACAUUAACAACAACUACCUCAUUAUUACCCAAAACAACGAUUACUGUACGAACGUCAACAAUGUAUGUUUUAUCUUUGAAUCUUUCAACAAAUCAUUAA